CCGGUGUGCGCAUGCGCGGAGCUCCCUCGCUACUCGUGCGGCUUCAGCUUUAGCUUCGUGUUUCUCUCUGUGAGCAGCGUCAUCUAACCAUCUAAAACACUCCGAGUCCCAGCCAGCUAACGCACCCGAGGGAGAGAGAACAUGCCCAAGAAUAAAGGAAAAGGAGGAAAAAAUCGGCGACGUGGAAAGAACGAGAAUGAGUCUGAGAAGAGAGAGCUGGUGUUCAAAGAAGAUGGACAGGAGUACGCUCAGGUGAUCAAAAUGCUGGGGAACGGGCGUCUGGAGGCCAUGUGCUUCGAUGGAACCAAGCGGCUCUGCCACAUCAGAGGAAAACUCCGGAAAAAGGUUUGGAUCAACACGUCGGACAUCAUCCUGGUGGGGCUGAGGGAUUACCAGGACAACAAAGCCGACGUCAUCCUCAAGUACAACGCAGACGAGGCUCGGAGCUUGAAAGCGUACGGAGAGCUGCCGGAGCACGCUAAAAUCAACGAGACAGACACCUUCGGGCCCGGAGACGAUGACGAGAUCCAGUUCGACGACAUCGGGGACGACGACGAGGACAUUGAUGAUAUCUAAAGAGCUGCUGCUGGAGGGAGACGCCCGAGUCCUGCACCCGCUGCUCCCGCUGGGACGUUUCCAGUCCGUUCAGCGCACCAUUAAUUUCAUUAACAUCAGCUUGUCAGUCCAAUCCAGUUUAUCGAUAUACGGCCGCGUUUUCCACUUUGUUCACCACCAGUACACAUCUUUGUUUUCAGUGCAUUUCAGACGGGGUGAGCACCAUCAGUACUUUGAUUUCUUGUUGUUAUGAGUAGAUGUGAGAUGCUGCUUCCGAAGGACCGUCUCGGUUGCCACGGCAGCAGCUUCAGCAGGUUGCCUGGCGACCGAUAGCGGCGCGCAGCGUUUUGCCUUUCCUGCACCCGUGCGGUUGGAAGAGACGACCUGAGCAGGCUGGCGGCCGGCGCGGGUGAAUAUCAGACGCUGGUGGAUAUUUACCUUCUUUUUUUUUUUGCUUCUAACAACAAAUUUGACAUCUUGCCGUGUCAGUCUUUUGAUUACUUUUUUAAUUUUUUGUCCAAGAAACGCUGUUUUGUAAAGGCCGACACCGAGACUGCAAAAUAUCACCAAAUGCGUCAUCUUUUAAAGAAAUGUAUUUAUAUUAAUUUCACUCUGUGGAAUCUAGAAACGUACAGAAUCUCUUGAUUCGCCAAUAAAAGGAUAAACCAUU